GCGGGCCUUGGCGCCCACCCCCUGCCACUGGCCGCCGGCGGUAGCGGUCUCCUUCCGCCUCUCACCGGAGUCAACGGCCGCUGGCUCCGCCUCUGCGCGCGGAGCGACUGUCCGGCCGGCCGUCCAGGGCUCGGAGCAAAGACCAGUGAGGAACUCCUGUUCUUCCAGUGGGUGCCACACAUCUGUCUGAAGGGAUGCACUAGCAAGAUUGCUGAACAACCUGUUGCCUUCUGCAGUUGCUCACUCCAUUUGAACUGGUUGUCCAUGUUCCCUGGUGAAUCACAGAAACUGAUUGACAGGAAAUACCUAGUGUAACAUUAGCAGUCUGAAAUCUUUAGCUUGGAUGCAAAAGCCUGUUUUCUCAUCUAAGAUUCCUGCAUCACUCAUUUUGGGUUUUGGCUGAAGAAAAAGAAAUCAAGAAAAGAUGGACUGGAAUGUAAGACCACUCCAGAAUGCUGAUGCAGAGAAGAACCUGCAAAGCGAAGCAGCAUGUUACACUCAGUUGUUUUCUAAUGCAAAUGCUUUUCCUCAGACAAAUGCCUGUUCAUCUAACAAUGCAUGCACUUACGCCGGAAAUAACCAAAUUAUGUAUCUGCCAACUGGCAAUGUUGCCUUCCCUCUUGUAAAUGCUGAAGGAUUCAAAGCUUCAGAUCAGGUCUUACCAGGAGCAUCCGUAGCUGGUAAUGAUUUUUUAAUCUCGAAAUACUUGAGUGAUCGACGUCCACCAUCCAGCAUACCAAUAGCUCCAAAACCUCCCAAUCAGACAUCACGUUUGCAGGCAGAGAUGACUCAGAAUUCUUGGCCAAACUCUAAUGCCUACGUUUAUUCCCUUGGAAAGUUACCUCCCCUGUCUUCUCAAAUGAAUGCUGGAAAUAACAUGAGGAAUGUACUUCAGGAACCUCAGUAUGUCACCACAAACACUUACUCUGUGCGGCCACAAAUACCUCAGCAUAAUUCUAUGAGAACUCCAACUUUAUAUCAAAGUAACAUUAAUUCCCAGAAUAAUUCUAUGUGUCUUGGUACAUCUGGGCAGUAUGUCCAAAACCAAAUAUAUCAUCCCAACACUCAGUUUAAAGUUUUACACUCACGGAAUCAAAAUACUGUGGCAAAUGUACAGCUGCUACAAUAUCGAUUGAGUCCGAUGGGAUCAGAAGCUCCUAGCAGAUGUUCUGCACCAUCUUUGUUGUCUGCCAACUGUGAUUCAGGAGCUGCAGCACAAUCUUCAAUAGGUGUACCACAGGCAGUUCAAAAUGUGCCUAGUGGAUACACCUUUAGCCAACAGAGGCGCCCAUCAGAUCCAAAAAAUGCUUCUGGUUUUAACAGUGUUCAGCAACACUGUCAGAAACAGCAAUCUGGACAAGUCAGUCAAUCAGUUAGGAAUGUCUGUAAUUCAAGUGGAAAUGAGACAACAAAUCAGCCUUUUAACGGAAUGUCUGUGCCAUCCCCUGGCAUUUCCAAAGAACUGUAUGAUGUUUUGCAAGAAAUGGAAACUCUUUAUUCGGUGGCACCUUCAAAGCCAUUGAGUGAUCCUGCUUUGGUUCAAGAAAGCCAGACUAGUAGUUUAGUGAAUGGGCCUGUUAAUUCUCAAAUUUCUUCAGCAGCAGCAGAUGGAAGAACAGUUACAAAGGACAGGCUAGCUUGGGAAGCUCAAAGGCUGCUCACUAUUAAAAAAAAAAGUGCCCUGCUUGAAAAGAUGCAUCUUUAUAGAAAAAAACUCUUAGCAGCUUCAGAACAUCAUAAAAGUACUCUCCCACUUCCACCAAGAUAUCAAGCUGCUCUUGCUGAUUGUCAUUCACAGGUGCCCAACCAAAAUGUACCACCUUCCCCAUCUGCAACAGCAAGGACAGAGUCUCCAAUACUUAACUCUUCACCUGAAGAAAGAAAUGACAAAAACGUAGCCAAUGCUAAUAACAGAGGAUUAGAGGUGACUCAAAGCAACCCUCAGGUGGAGCAGGGAAGCCUUUCAUCAAGCUGCACUCCUGUUCCCUCUCAGAGCAAACUUCCAGCUCAAUUAAAUAAUCCUGAGAGCACUCCCAUCUUGGAACAAAGCGGUGCACGUGCCUCGGCGUCUUCUCAAAAAACUGUGGCAUCCUUGAACAAUGCUUCAUGUUGCAAUCAAGUAGAUAGCUCUAUCAAAAGUGCAUCGAAGAGUUUUCCAGCUAGCCCCAAGAACUCAUCAUUUCUUCAGUUUGUAUUGAGCAGCACAAAUAUAUUGAAAGAGAAGACAGCUGGUGCUACUGCGGAUAGAAUACUGACUAGUCUCCUGUGUAGUGAAAAACCACUGGUAGAUACAUCUGUCUCGGGUGGAAGCUUACUAAAAGACACUAGUGAGAAGAAAGUAGAAAGUUUGAAAGGUGAGCAGGCAUUUAUGGUUCACACAAAGUCUCCUGUAUCUGAACCAACCAAAUCUGAUGAAGCUAAAGUCCAGAAUGAUUUAGUUCAGAAAAAGAUGCCAUUUACGGAAAACACAUCUUUUAAACAAAGCAAUUACAAGUACUCUGUGGAAGAGCUAGCUGCAUGUCUGGGCUUGUGGAGAAAGCAUCCGUCAAAAUCUGUAAGUGAGCAGAAGAGCCAGUCAGAUGAAAGCCCCACAGCAAAUCAGAUUUCACCUUCUAGCCAAAACACAAAAAAUAGAGAACAAAAUAAUGUUCUGGUUAGUACAGAUGAAGCAGUUUUGCCUGUAACAACUGCUUCUGUAGGACAAAAACUUGAUACAUUGAGUUGCAAUUUGAUAAAAAGCUUUGAACUCCAAGUUGCAGUUGUCUCUCCUUUAGUGCUUUCUGAACAGAGAACACAGAGUGAUCAGGCAGACAAAUGUCCGGUAUCUGCAGGUAAAACCUAUUCAGGGAUUGACUUGGGACGCACAUGCAGCUUGCAAGAAGAGGGGAAAAAUGGUAUAAGUGUGGUAAAUGCCGAUAAAGGAACAACAGAAACUGUUCAGUCGUCACCCAGUGAUUGUGUUCUGAUACAGAAAGUGGACUCACAUUUGCAACAGACCAAAUUAGCUGAUGGAAACAGAAUAGUAAAAACCAAUGUGAGUGCAAAUGAUUUAUAUAAUGAAAACCAAAGGAAAGUUAGUCAAUCUGCACAAGAUGCCAGAGAAAAUCUGCAGCCUGGAUUACACAACAAGCCUUCUCUUCCUGAAUUGGGCAUGAAUUUUUCCAGUCAAAGCUUUCAGGAAGGUAUAACAGACCAUAAAGACAAGCAAGCUGUGUUAGAGGCAGGAGAUACAUCUGCAGCUGUGUUGGAAGAACAGAUGUUUUGUAUUUCUAGUGUAUGUUCUCUUGUUGAAGGUGAUACAUUUUAUAAUCCACAAAUAGCAAGUAUCUUCAGGUCAGUCCCUGAGACACAUGCAUUAAAUGGUACCUCAUCAGAAGGAAGUGCAUCUGAACCAAGGGAAAAGGAGCCACAGCUGGACUUGUAUAAAAAUGAGCUGAGUAAUAACACUCUCCAAAGAGAGAGCUCGCUGCAAAAGAUGUUGGACAAAUCAACAAGCUGCAUGAGUAAAGCAGGUAAGAUUUUGGACGGUAUCACAACUAGUCAUUUGGAGAAAGAAAGCAGUGGUAAUCCUCUUAAGGCAAUUUCUAUCUCAGAACAAAAAAAGUCAUUCAAUGCAUCUUUCAAGCAUCCUAAAAAUGACUUGGAAAUUGUUGGUAGUAUAAACCAGGCGUUAGCUCAAAAUUCCCUAGAUUUCUCAAUCUGCGUAACUGCUGAAACAAAUGUGUUCACUGCUCCAAGAGACAACAGUAAACAAAAUAACAUGUCCAAUAAAAAUAGCACAGAAAAAGUGAUUAACCUUUUUGGAGCAGAACCUAUUACAUGUCUAAACAAUCAGCUAUCUGAACUAGUGAAAGAGUUUCCAUAUGGCAUUGAAGGUGUUGAUAUACUACCGAAAGAACCUGUACAAAAUGAUUCUGUGGAUGAGCAGAUGGAGAAUCAACCUCAAAAAGAGACUCAAAUCUGUGACGGAAAUUCUCAUUUGAAGGACCCAGUAGAUCAGAUAAAAAUUGCGAUGUUAAGCACUGAUCAGAUGCGAGAACUGUUACCUGCACACAACCAGUGUUCCUCUAGUGACAGCAAGAGAGUAUCAAGUCAGCAGUCAGAAAAGGCUUCAGCUGAGAAGGAGAACCUGGGAGGCAGUAUUCAGCCUAGUCAGAGUCUGUGUGAGAAGAAAAAAAAGCCACAAAACCCCUCCAAACCCAGAAAAAAAAAAGAUGAUUGUUCUUUAAUGGAUUGGCAAUCUGUAGCAUGCCCCUGUAAACCUGGAACUUCUGGUUCAGACAAAAAUGAUGAUCAACUUUCAAAGGCUGAAAAUACUAGCCUUGCAGACACACAUGUAAACAACAGUAAAUCUGAUGCUGUAAUGAAGAACGACUGUGCAGUAGGAAACCUGCCAAUUUCUGAAGAAAUCCCAGACAGCGUUAGCAAAAAACAUAUUUACAAAUACACCUCUGUAAUGAACAAAAAAGCUAGGCUAAAGGUGAAUAAUGAAUACAAACCGCUUACAACACAACAGGAAAAGAAUGGACCACUUAAUUCCUCUGAAAACCAGGAUGUUGAUAUAUCUGAAAGGAGCAGCUGGAAGGAAGAGCUGCAAAUUAACAGAGGAACCCCAUUGUUAGACAAAGAAUUUCAUUCUGACAAAAAAGAACAUCAGACAGUCUCAGAAGAGUUGUCAGAGCAAGCUGGUCAUACGGACGCAGACAACAUGACAAAAUCAUCCAAAAAGAAAGAGAAAGUUUUCAAGAAAGAGUCCCUUUCAAAAGAUAAAACCAAAACAAGUUUGGCCAUGAAAUCCAAAACAGAUGUUCACAAAUUUGCGAAGUCAGAAACUGUUGAAAUUGAGCUUGCUGAAGUCAAUGAAAGACAAAAAAUUAAAAGCUGUGAAGAGAACUCAGCUGAAGAACAGAACUGUAGGAAACAAAGGGAGAUACUUGGGCAAGAUGUAGGAAUUAACACUAAAGAGAAAGCCAAAUUAUCAGCAGAAAUAAACCAUAAAAAGCUGAAUAGUUAUCGUGCUGAUACUGUAAAGUUCCCAAAUUUUGGCACUGUAGACUUGAAGUCAAGAAACCACAAAUACUCUCAGCAUAAAUCUAUGAAAGUUCAUCCUUCACAGGAACAGUCGUACAAACGGAAGAGGAAGGAAAAUAUGAUUGGGAAGAGAGACCCUAAGAAAACAAAGGUGGAAGAGGAAAGAUUGAAACAGUCUGAACCAAAGAAUUCCAAGCAGCUUUCAUAUAAUUGCAUGACAAAUACUGAUAAAGCUAAAAAAAUGAAUGGAGAAAAUGGCUGGAAACAGAAGAGUUCAUUAGCAGAUCGCUCUGUGCUUAAACUACAGAGAAAAAGGGCUCGAUCUUCUACCAUCUCUAAAAACUACUUUUCUAACAAAGAGAGACGUCUUGAUGGUCAAAACAAAGACAAGUACUCUGAGAAAAUUUUUCCUGAUAAAAACCUGCUAUACUUAAAUAGAAGAAAUAACAGGUUAAAAUUGCAUCUUCAAAAGGAACCCAAAAAACACUACCUGAACAGAGUUGCAUUUAAACGUACGGCACAGGAACGCAUAUAUCUGACAAAAUUAGAGACAUCACCUGUCAGACCCGUCUGGCAUACGAAGUCCAAAGUGUCACAAAACAGCCCAGAUGCAAAAAGAGAUGCUUGUGUCUCAGAAGUUGGGAAGUCACGCAAGCAGGAAGUACUUGAAUUUAAGCUGUGUCCAGAUAUACUGUUCAGAAAUCCAACCACUGACGAAGAAAGCUUAGCUGCAAAGAAUUCCCGGGAAAGAGAGAAAGCCGUUGUGGCAGGUGUCAAGAGUAAAAAAGAAGAUUGGUUAAAAUGUGAUGCAGUGAAGCAAAAAAAGCUGGAAGAGAUUUCUACAGCUGAGGACAGUAUUCCACUUGAUAAAGCUAUACAGAUCCUGGAUGGAGAUGGAAACUUUCUGUGUCAGUAAGAAGAGCUCCCGCUUCUAUGAUUCUUGCCUUUGUGCCCCAAGAGAGUCAUGGAUGAGGUUCCUAAUAAGUGUGAAAAGGUAAAUGUCAUUUGCUACCCAUUUUCAAAGACAAUAUGAUGACCCACACAACUACAGGAGGCUGGUCAGUGAGCCUGACCCCUUUAUUGGGGAGGAUUAUAGAACAAUCUUCCUCGAAGCCAUGACUACCCAAGUACAGUAAAGAUAAGGUGUUUUGGAAUAGUACCCUUUACAAAGGGUAAAUCACACCUGACCAGCCUGAUGGCCUUUUAUGAUGAGAUGACAGAUCUUGUGGACAAGGGGACUGUAGAAAAUGUUGUUUACCUUUAACAAGGUUCUUGAUGUGGUUUCUCAUAGUAGUAUUGUAGCCAAAUUGGAGAGAAAUGAUUUGGAUAACUGACCUACACAGUGGGUGGAAAAUUAGCUGACCAGCUGGGCUUGGAGGGAUACUGUCUGUGAUCAGUGGUACAGAGGCCAGCUGGCAUCUGAUUACAACUGCAUUCUUCAGCAGUUGAUACUGGGGCUAUCAUUGUUUGCUGUCUUCAUUAAUGAAUUGGAGAAUGGGAUGUAAUGAACCUUUGUAGGUUUGCAUGGAGAAAUGGUGUCCUCAGGAAGCUCAAGAGUAACUUUCUGUGGAAGUUCAGGAAGGGCACACAGGUUGUCUCCCAACGAACACUUGCUUCCUCUUGCUUCCAACAGGUGAAACUAGAAAUACUCAAAAGAGCUGGUUUCUAAUGGUGUGGUGAGGCUAUGGCCCCAAAGGAGGGCCUGUCCAGCAGAUGCCUAUCUUCAGCUUCAGGCAGCAAUGCCUGUGUAGAAACUGGGCUCACAUCUGCUCCAGGACCUGAUAAGGAGCCCCUGCCCUGACCAUCUGGCAAAGUGAUGUUCGAGAAGGUCAAUAGGGUGGAAGUCUGUGUAACAGCAAGAUAACAAAUUUGACAUGUUUAACUGCAACGCUGUUAUUUCCUUUGACCAGAUAGGAACACAGAUGCCAUAAAUUCAGUGGCGAUUUACUUGACAUAAUUGUCAUGGCAUGUUGUAAAUCACACACACUGUCUUGCCAUAUGUCUAUUCAUACAGUGACCUGGUCCUUGUAAACUGAGGAUAAAGUUAGUCAUCAAGAGAAAAAAAAAAAGGGCAGGAAAACAUGCAUUACAAAGUGCUAGGCUUGGGAACUUGGAAAAAUGUUACCAUCGCAUUUGGUGUUGACAGUACUUUCCUUCCCGGGUGUUGUAAGUAAUCUUUUUUUCCUACUGAUGCUUCAUUAACUGAGUGCUAGGUAGGUGUGUGCUCUGCUUUCCAAUCAGGAGUGAUGUUCUCGGUGGCAGACAGGUGGGUUGUAAUCUGGAAUGCAACCUUUAUUCUAGAAACCUGGUCCCUUAAGCUAAGUCUUCCCUUAAACUUGGCUGUAGUGGCUACACUUACUACAUCCCUGUCUCAGUUCUUGUAUCUCUACCUUCCUAGACCUACCCAUUUUUCCCUUCCUUUUGGAAACUUUGCCUUCAUUGUCACUUUUUUUUCCCUUCUGGGACUUCCUGCUGAAUUUGCAAGGUGCCACUGCAACCUUGUUUUUUUAGAAUCUUUUUUGCUUCUCAUCUUCCUGGGCUCCAACUUGUCUUGCUCUGCCUGCAGGCCCCCAGCCUUUUUUCAUCCCAACAAAGCUCACAGUCUUGAAACUUUUCCUGGGCUCUAGCUCCAGCACUACAAGCUCAACCAUACAAAGCCUACCUCAUAUUUAGACUUCUGCAUUUAAGCCAGGGAGCUUUUUUUUUUAAAAUUAUUUUUAUUUUUUGUUUGCCAUCUGUUCAUCAGUAUUGAGACUACAAAGGUAAUAUGGUUCCCUGCUUCCAGCUCUUGCGCUUGUUACUAGAACGUCUUCCAGCUGCCAAGAAAAACAACUGAAAAUGCUUGCUUCCUCCCUGCAGGCUUGGGCUGGAGCAUGCCCAUGGCAGCAGGAGCUUUGGAGCACUUACUUCUGAGUUUCAGCAAGUCCCCUUAGGCACAUGCAAACAGAUUAUCCAGGCUAGGGUGCUCUGAUUUUUGUUUGC